CCCACCAGAUCAGCAACGACGGCUCGGCUGUUCACUCACUUCCCUGCCUCGAGGAAGCGGAUAUAAAGCGAGAAAGAUGAUGAUGCUCGUGUUUCUGAUUCUUCUCACUUCAUGGACUGAAUGUCUCCAUGCUGAUGUAGGGAUGGAGCCUGAGUACUCCCCUGCUUCGUCACUGCACAUCGAACCCACUCUGUAUGCAUCGGCAUCCGAAAUGUCUCCUUAUCCGCGGCAUCUGGACAUUGAUGCGCUGAAGAACAUGCCGCUCGUCAUUUUGCAUUCUCGGACGCCCAUCAAGCUGAAGAUGAUUCGAGGGGAGAAUAUGCAAGACGUUCACAAAUCUCUGACACCGGAGAGAAUAAUCAAACUUUUGAAAUCUGCGGCAUCAAGUUAUUCAGAAGAAAGUAAAUCAACACCCAAAAAGGCAUCCCUGAGAGAAGCCAAGAACAUCCAUUUUGACUCUUCUCAAGCUAGAUCUCUCUUUUCGCUUCCAUUGGGUGGCCAUCAGAGUUUACUGCCAUCCAGUAGCAACCUUUUUUCCAGGCCUUUUGUAGCUCAUGAAACAGGGAGCGGUUGGCAACAACGUUUCAGAAAUUCAUUUUCGAACAUGUUUUCAUUUGCCAAACCUUUUAGCGGAAUGGCUGCUACGAAUAGACCAGUGUUUAUGUCUUCACCUCAACCCAAUUUUCAGAUUCCUGGUUCUUAUAACCCUUUCCAACAGCCAUUUCAUUCUUAUCCCUCAGGCAUGUGGAAUCAGUUCCAACCAGUUCAUUCAUUCAGUUCAGGCGAUUUUUCGACAGCUGCUUCUGUUUCAAAUCCAGCAAAGCUGCAAUUGGGUAGUUAUUUUAAUCCCUAUCAUCACAGUGCCAUACAUCAAGGUCAGUUGGGUGGCGAUUUGGCGAUGUCGGGAGCCCAUAUGAUGCCCCACCGCAUCGUUCCAGCGCCAAACCAUGCUUUUGCACAUUAUGUUUCAACCGUGCCACGCCAUAAGCCUCUUUUCAACAACGUAGGAGGAUUGAAAGCGGCUAGCUUGGAAAUACGAAAUGCAUUUGCAGAUUUCACGGCUUCCGAUGAGCACGGGCCGGAGGUGAGUCAGAAGUUUGGAUCAGUUGGACACGUUAUGAAUAAAUUUCUUGACAUGAUGGGUUUGGGAGCGGCUGGUGGAAUAACAGAUGAUGGCGAAGGAAAUUUUGGCGGUGCUGGAAACUGGGCUUCUAUGGAAUCGUCGCCAAUUUCAAGAUCCCUGGAUUUUUAUCCAGGAUAUGGAAACCAAGCUCACUUAGACGACAUCGAGGAUUUCCCUAUCUUUCUCGAAGACAUUACAGAACAGUUUCUUACAAAAAUGAAUUUAACGCAUUUGUUGAAAAAUGAUACCAAAACUCCUGAUUCAGAUUCAAAGAAAGAUUCAACAAAGGCAAAAUCGUCGUCCUCCGAUGUUAAAGAAAAGUCAAAAGAUUCUUUAAAAAUGAAGGAAAAACCUGCUACGAAAGAGAAAAUGGCUAAACCAGAUGCACCAACCCAUACCGAAAAAGAUUUGCCGAAGUACUCUGACUCUCUUUACGUUCCAGCACAUACUCUUGAAAUGAUGCAGAAUAAAAAUAAGGAUAAGGAGUCUACCUCGAAAGGUAAUGCCAAACCAAACCCGAACAGCAGUAUGAAGAUGGAUGCAUCUUCUGAUAAUAAUAAGAAAACAUCCGACUCUGUUCCGGAUGCUCCACUCGUUAACUACAGAGUACCGUCAACACUAUCUACGGUUGCUCCUCAUGAUAGAAUCCCUCCUGUUGCAGUUUUCAGCUCAUUUCCUCCUAAAUCUAGUGAUGAACCAGCACCUGCGCCACCAUCGUAUUCACCAGCCAUGCCAUUACCUCAACAUGAAUUUGAGGACAAUCCGAAUAAACUCGUCGAUGAAGAUGACCUUCGCCCAUGGGUUCCAGUCACCAAUGGACGCGGGUAUGUUGAAAAGAGGCCGAAACCCUUUAUUGAUAUCACUAAAACUUCGGACCAGCCAAGAAGUUUAAAAAUAGUGGAGCAAGUGCUUUCAAGUUCCUCGAGAACAUACUAAAAAUGCAUUCCAUUUUAUCUAAAAACUUUAUUUUUCUCUGGGAAAGGUGCAAUUCGAUUGCGAUGAUCAUCCAGAUAGAUAAUAACCAUCGUUUGCAUAUCAGAGAUCAUUUAUACUAGAUAUCUUUUCUUUUUUGCUGUGGACGAAUGCUGCUUUGCAUAAUAUUUAUUAGGCAUAACAUUUUGCGAAGAAAUUCGUUUAUGUUUGUUCAUUCAUCAAGUUAAUUCAAUUGUGAUAUGAUAUGCCAGUUGAAAAAAAGUGUUAAUCUUAUGUUUCUGUUUAUCAUCAAGCGCAACAUUUAUUGAAUAUUCUCUGCUCUGUUUAUCACCAAGCUCUUAUCUCUUUCUGCUCUGUUUAUCAUCAAGCUCUUAUCUCGCUCUGCUCUGUCUAUCAUAAGGUUGCUCUCAUCUCUCUCUGCUCUGCUUAUCAUAAAGCUCUUAUCUCUUUCUGCUCUGUUUAUCAUCAAUCUCUUAUCUCUCUGUUUAUCAUCAAGCUGGUUAUCAAGUUAUGCCGCUCUUAUCUCUCUCAGCUCUGUUUAUCAUUAAGCUCUUAUCUCUUUCUGCUUUGUUUAUCAACAAACUUUUUUUUUAUAUCUAUCAUCAAGCGCUUAAGCUUUUUCUCAAGCUGUUUAUCAAGUUAUGCUACUCUUAUCUCUGUCUGCUCUGUUUAUCAUCAAGCGCAACAUUUAUUGAAUAUUAUCAUGUCAAUUUGGAAGAAAUAAAAAACGUGUUUAUUAAUCUUUGUUGCAUGUAAUGUUACUGAAUGUUAUUACUGUUUGUUAUGUAAUAUUACUGAAAAACUUUACUAGUUUUCAACUAAACUUGACUACUAAAACUAGUUUUUGAGUUGUU